GUGCUCCACAGUGACCGUCACAAAGUGCCAAGCGGCUCUGCGGACUCUUCAGGCGUUCCCUUUCUUCCGGCCGACGUGUUUAUGCAGGGAACCCCACGUUGACCCCGAAUGCAAUUCAUUUAGAGACUUUCUCUUCGAUCAUCCUUGCAUAUUUGUUCUCAAGAAAGAAAAAGACCCCUACCCCGUGGACGCAUUGCCAACCUGCAACCACGCCCUCUCCGUCUGCCAGGAAGAAAGAAAGUGCAUAAAACUAUUUGAAGACUUCAAAACGAAUUGCAAAGUUCGAGACGGGAAAUGUCGUAUGGAGGACAGGGAGCUGUGUCAUGAAGCCUGGGCCAAACUCAGGUUGUCGCCUAUGUUCGGUUGCAUUUGUCCAAACAACCACAUGAAACGAAGAUGUGAUAGAAUCUUCAGCAUGGUGAACCACAAUCCUUGCGUAGACGUUCUGCCAGCCUCAUUUGAUUUGUCCGGCACAGAAUCUGCACUCUAUCCAUAUGACCCAGAGCAAGGAAAUUUCCGCGACUUAUUAUUUCCUUCCGCAACAAACUUGUACCCCUACUUUCUGUUCCCAUCCAACACGCUGCGCCCCCACCCUUCGCACUCGCUCCCCCACCAUCCGGCCACGCACGCAGACACUCAUCUGUCAGUAGAAGAUAUCCCCAUAGAUUACGAUGAACAAGAUGGAAAACUCACUUCUUCCUAUUCGGGGUCAAUUUCAGUUAAGGUGAUUUCUUCGGAUAAUUGGACAUCCAUUGAAGGCAUUGAGUCUCAGUUAGAGAACCCUCUGGUUGGCAUUAGAGGUACCAGUCAAAAGGAUAAUAGCGCCCUAAGGCAGGAACUGCAAGGCAUCCCGUCAAAUGGGAACAACUCUCUAUUUGACGAAGAAGGAGAUGGAAGAGGGACUAAUAUGACUCCAGAGAGCGCAAAGGUGCAUUCAAGUUCUGAACCGGAAGGAGAGCUACCCAGAAACUUCAGCUUCCAAAGCACGUGUCAUCUGGCCCUGGAUCUGUGCAACAGCAACUACAGCUGCAAGGUAGCCCUACAGGCCGUGCUCCGCUACUGCGACGCGAGCCGCUGCAAUCGGGAGUCCUGCAUGGACGCGCUGCAGAACUUUUAUAGAACCUCGGAACUUAGGUGGAGCCUCGAAAUCGCAUUCUGCCUCUGCAAGAAAACCGAGAACAAACAGGAUGAAUGCCUCGUGGCACAGGAGAAACUACACCCAGUUUGCGCCCAGCGCGUGGAAGGCCCAUCAAUGCCCACGUGUCAUUCACUGGCGGAAGUUUGUCGUGAAGAGCUGAGCUGCAGGAGCAGGCUGGAAUACUAUGAACAGUCAUGCGCAGUGGAUAGUCUGACAAAAAAGUGUGCCGGACCGCCUUCAGAGUGUCGGAAAGCCAUGCUCGGGAUUCUAGGCACAGAACUCCGAUCAAACUGUGCAUGCAAAGGAACCGACUUCACACAGCUGUACGAUUGUCUCGGUUGGCAGCGCUUGCUGUGGGUUAACCCCUGUGUCGUGGAAUCGCAGAAAGAUUACCACACGAAGCGGUCCACGGAGGGGCUUCAGACCACAACAAUCUCGACGACUAGUAGCAGCUCAAUCCCCACAUGGGGCCCGCACCAACCUGACAUGACAUCAAGGAGGGUGACUCCCAUCAUGAUGCCCUCUGCGACGACAACAAGUAGGAUUCUGCCCGAAGAAGGACUCCAGAGCACAGAACUGGAGGACAUGCCCAGUACCAUUCCCACCACAACAACCACGACUUUACCGCCUCGUUUCUGUGCUGUACAUCGUGACCAUUCUGUGCAGUACAUCCGAGAAGGAAAAGGAAAACGGCUCUACCGAGAUGACGAGCCGGAAUGCUCCGAGUUGUGUCAAUGUAACGAGGGUGAGUCUCUGAGCUGUAAUACGGUGUGCGUUGAGAGGGCCCCGUGCAAGACGGAUUUCGCUUUCUACAACCACGCGGCCCCUGCGUACCAAGCCUACCGCGGACGCUGCCUCUGUUACUCUGGCCGGUUCAUCUGUAUGCGGCCCGCACCUGACGCAUACAAAUUGCCCCAGGGCGUGUUCCUGUUCUUGGGCUACAGCGAGACUGAUGAAGCUCUGCUCAAACCACACAGCAACCUGUCUGUACAAGAUGCUGUGGUCUCCCUCCAAGAUUUCAUGCGUCACGAGUUCAGCAAUAAGACCUCCUGCACCCUGGCAUUAUACAAUGUGACAAAAGAAAAUCUGAUCCUGGUGGCGAAAGUCAGCAAGGAAAGUAGAGGCACGAAACAGAGACCUCCACUUGAUCUCCUAAUGCGGGAAAAGGAAGAGUGUGCUGGUCCACUGCACGACAUAAGUGAAAAGAUCAACUCUCACCAUCCAGAACUUCAUUCUCACCUCUUGCUCUCCAUCUUCAAGAUGGCAGAAGUAGAGGUGAAAGUUCCUGAUACAAAUUCAGGUCCACGUAUUUCCAACAGUGUCUCCGUUGUUCUCAUGCUGUUGUUGAAAGAGUUGCUGGCAUCAUGACGACUCAUGCAAAACGUCCACUAGAAUCUACGCUCAUACAUAUCCAACUCUCAACAACUUUCUAUUGUGAAUGUUAUACCUAACAAAGCAGUGAAGUGAUCUCAAUGCAGAAUGCUGUCAUAUUAGCAAUAUGAAGUAUUCUUUUAUUGCCAAUGGAGCUUUGAACAACUAUUGUAAGUACACAAGAGACAUAUGAAUAGGAAGUUUGUGUUACACUUCAUUUCAGUGAAGAUAUUUCUAACAAAACAUAUAGCCAUUAACUAGAAUUGUAUCAAGUAUUUAAACAUUUUAUGGACUGAACUUCCAUUUAUUUAAAUCGAGCACUGAAUAAAUGGAACUACUUUGGAGUUACAUGAUAAGUGCAAUGUAUUGUGUCUAAAGUGAGUUACAGUUUGACGAUAUCUUGCCCUGUCUUCAAGGAGAGAAGAUCCUGGAUACUUGUUCCUUUGGAUACAACUCAAAUCAACCAAUUCACGAGAAAUGUAUAUCCUUCAUAAUAAGUGAACUUGUAUUUUCGUUUUAUUUGAUUCUAUUUUGGUCUCAAACAAAAACCUGCAUCAUUGGCAUCAGGGUGAAUUGCAUUUGCGCCAUAUUAUUACCUCUCUCAUGCUGGAAGAAUACCACUUUUUAAAAUUGCCCUAAAUUUUGUCAUCAUCACAUUUUCCAAAUGUAUUCAUUGUUGGAGUACAGCAUUUGUAGAUGAGUUAGUUAAUUAUGCUUUCUUUUCAAAUUGAUUCUCUUUCCAUAGGUUAAGAAUCCCAUUUCUAAUAUGGUUCUUCUUUGGAGGAGUAGUUUCAGGUCAUUGACAUAUUAUGGAAAUGACUUAUAAACUGGGAAGUUGUCCGUAAUAGUUUCAUGUAUAUUUCAGAACUAAUGUGAGUAUAAUUUUCUGUGAGUACAUUAAUUUCAAAGUAAUAUUUCUUACAAAGGUCAGAGAAAUAAUGUACGAGGGCACAUUGAAAAGUCUUUGCCCCUGUUUCUUUCUCAGCUACAAUAAUACACAUACAGGAAAAUCAAAAUACAGG